AUCGCCGCGCUGGCCGGCUUCGAGGUGCUGCUGGACGGCGCGCCGCUGCAGCUGCUGUUCACGCACAAGUUCCUCGUGGUGGCUGAUCCAGAAACGGAGAAAAUAGUCGAAAUGAUUGACUUUAGGUUCUGCACGGUCGGCCCGUACCAGGGACCUAUUAUUGAGCUUUGCGUGACACAGAGACGGGUGUCCAAAAUGACGGAGUCACGGGUGGACGAAGAUGAUGAAUAUCAGCUGAGCGCGGCGGCCAUGGCGCGCGUGGCUCGCUACACGGGCGCGGAGGCAGGCACGGGCGGCGGAAGCGGCGCCGGCGCCGGCGAGGCUCGCGUACUAUCGCUACUACCGCCGCCCGGCCGCUCGCUGGCGCUGCACGCGGCGCUGCUGGCCGCCUGCCGCCACAACAGCGGCCACCACUUCCCGCUGUUAUGAGACCCGCUGCGGCUCGAGCUGCGCUACUACGUGCACUCGCGCCGCUACUGCCCCACCUGCGAGCUCGUCGACGCGCCGCACACGCUGCGGGAACAGCUCUGUCCGCUGCUCAAGAUCAAGACGGACGCGCCCGCACACUAGCGCCACAAUACUACAACUUCACACUAGCGCCAACACAAUAUCCCAACUUCACACUAGCGCCACACAAUAUCCCAACUUCACACUAGCGCCACA